AGAUCUAACGUCCUUGCGUUCACUUUUGAGUCGAUUGCAGAAAGAAUGACAGAUCUCCACUCUCCUCAGCGAUCAUCGACUCCAGGAGCUCCGCCGCGCUCCGCCACCGACCUCUUCGGGGAUCCGACGGACGCUAACCCCCCACAAUGGCUAAACCCUCCGCUGUUCCUCUCCGAGGACUUCGACGCCGAGACGUACAUUUCGGACCUCCGCACAUUCGUCCCACUGGACACUCUCCGUUCGGAGCUCAGGUCACACCUCUCCUCUCUUCAACGCGACCUCGUCGACCUAAUCAACCGCGACUAUGCCGAUUUCGUCAGCCUCAGCACCAAAUUGACCGACGUUGACGCAGCCGUUGUCCGAAUGCGUGCCCCCUUGCUCGAGAUCCGACACAAGAUCUCCACUUUCCGCGAAGCCGUGGAGAGCUCGCUCAGCGCUCUUCACUCGCGGCUCAAGCAGCGCGCCGAUGCCGGUGAGGCUCGGGAAGUUCUAGAGCUCUUGCUCGAUACCUUCCACGUUGUGUCAAAGGUGGAGAAAUUGAUCAAGGAAUUGCCGAGUGGGGCUACUAAUUUGGCAAAUGGAAUAGCUAAUUAUGCGGACAAUGGUUAUUUAAGCAAUGGAGUCUCAUUUCAGCAUACUGAAAAGGGAUCGAAUCUGAGAGAAACUCAAAGCAUGCAUCUUGAGCGAAUUGCAAGCGAGAUGAAUAGACUGAAGUUCUACAUAGCUCAUGCGCAGAAUAUGCCUUUCAUUGAGAACAUGGAGAAGAGGAUACAGAAUGCUAGUUCAUUAUUGGAUUCAAGCCUUGGGCACACACUUGUAGAUGGACUUGAACAUAGGGAUGCACAUGCAGUAUACAAUUGCUUGCGUGCAUAUGCUGCCAUUGAUAAUACUAGGAAUGCUGAAGAUAUAUUCCGCUCCACUGUGGUGGCACCAUUGAUCCAAAAAGUCAUUCCACAAAGUCUUGGAGUUUCUGGGGCAUCUGGAGAUGAACUUGAACAGGACUAUAAAAAAAUCAAGCAAUAUAUUGUAGCAGAUUGUAAAUUUUUACUGGAUAUUUCAUCAACUGAAAACUCAGGCCUACAUGUAUCGAGCUUCCUUGCAAAUUCUAUCCUUAAAGAGAUUCACUCUACCAUCCAAAAAGGAAAACCAGGAGUGUUUUCUCCUGGAAGGCCUACAGAGUUCUUGAAAAAUUACAAAGCAAGCUUGGAUUUUUUGGCUUAUUUAGAAGGUUACUGUCCAUCAAGAUCUGAAGUGCUCAAGUUUCGUUCUGAGGUUGCAUAUACUGAUUUUAUGAAGCAGUGGAAUGUUGGGGUCUAUUUCUCAUUAAGAUUUCAGGAGAUAGCUGGGGCCUUAGAUUCUGCCCUUGUGGUUGCUAGCCUUGUACAAACGUCAUCUGAGGAACAGAAGCCACAAGACCUAAUCUUGAAGCAGAGUGCUACCCUUUUAAAGUGCUUGCAUUCCUGCUGGAGUGAUGAUGUUCUUGUGCUUUCUUGCUCUGACAAGUUUCUACGAUUAUCUUUGCAACUUCUUUCCAGAUACUCUAGUUGGUUGUCUGCUGGAUUGGCUGCACGAAAAGCUGGCAAUUCAAGCCCCAGUCCUGGAUGCGAAUGGGCUAUUUCUUCUGCCUCAGAUGACUUUGUCUUUAUAAUUCAUGAUUUGAAUUGCUUGGCAGAAGAAGUUUGUGGUGCAUACCUUGCUCAUGUACUUGAGUUGCUCAAGUCUUGCUCAACUGAAGUACUUGAUUUUGUAAAACAAAGUAUUUUACAAGGUGCAAAGUCCCUUAAAGAUCUUCUGCCCCUUGUGAUAAGCGCGAUAGUUGAGACAAUAGUUGAGAGGGCUGUGGAUGACAUUAGACAACUGAAGGGGAUAACUGCUACAUAUAGGAUGACAAACAAGCCCCUACCUGUCAGGCAUUCCCCAUAUGUUUCAGGUGUACUCCGGCCAUUAAAGACUUUUUUGGAUGGAGAACGGGCUACAACAUACUUAACUAAGGAGCUGAGAUUCGAGCUCUUGCAAGGUGCCGCCUUCAAAAUUACUGAUCGUUACUAUGAAUUAGCUGCAGACCUUGUCAAUGUGGCUCGGAAAACAGAGUCUUCACUUCAGAAGAUACGUUUGGGCGCUCAAAGACGAGCUGGAGCAAGCUCAGACGUUUCAGAUCAUAACAUAUCUGAUACCGACAAGAUCUGUAUGCAGUUGUUCCUCGAUAUUCAGGAAUAUGCCCGGAACCUUUCUUCCUUAGGGAUCGAUGCUGCUACAAUUCCUUCUUAUCGUUCGUUAUGGCAGUGUGUUGCCCCUACAGAAAGGCAGAACAUAAUAAGCUUGUAGAGUGCUGCUGCCAAUGGUUUGUUCAUGAAUAGUUAUGACUGCCUUUCAGUUCCCCGGAAAAGACGGUUUCGAAGUUAUAUGCUGACAAGUGCUUGCUUCUAUGAUUCAACUGGGAAUGUCAACAAAUUUGAAGAGGGAAUAGCAGAGAAUCUUUUAUUGCUUGUAAUUGGCCAUACAUACAAACCUUUUUUCUUUUGUAAUAUCUGAGGACUUAAAUUUUUGACUCUUAACAGGUUGGAGAUUAAUAUUCAAAUUUAUUCUAUACAAUUUUUCUCCA